AUCCUGUGUGUGUGUACAUGUAGGGCCACAGUUCGUCUGAGGACGACGGCGUUAGUAUCUAUAAGUGGCCAACGUGGUCGAGGACACAUGUAAACAAGCUCUGAAAAGUCUAGUAUCUAUUAUUUAGUCUUUCAUCACUACAACCGUCACUGAAGAAAUAAUGUCGCAGCUCUCCUUGCUCUCCUCCGUAGUUGCUUUCCUGUCGUGGUCUGCCCUGCCAGUCUCAGCCGACUUGCCAGUGCAUUGUCUACGACACCAGAUCGAGGGUGAGUGGGAGUUCACACUCAGCAGGCCUAGUCCGGAGAGGAGUUCCUGCGGACACGAGAGACCUGACAAUGAAAGAAGAGAACCGAGUUUGUUAUGAGGUCGGUUGUUGAAGAUUUCGAUUAAGAAGUACAACAAGUAGUUUCUUCAAUUCUUGGUUUCAAAGUAUAAUUUAGAGAACAAAUGCUUUUCUCAGUAUCAUGGCGAUAUUACAUCUUUUCAAGCUAGGAAUUGGUUUCUUUAUACCAGAGGACUAUGCCUCGUAUAGUACAGCGCUAAUCAGAUACCAACUAGACGAUGGUCCGACCACCUCUAUGAAAGUUUCCCUGUCGAUGCCGAAUCGCGCUCAGACCGAGACCGAUGUUGCAGGCACCUUCACCAUGAUCUGUAUGAAAAAGUGGAGAAGUUGUAGGUAGUUGAAAAAAAAGGAAACAGUGGAGAAGUUGAAGUUGUAGGUAGUUUAAGUCUGUAGCUUUUCAUUGCCGUUGAGCCUCACCAGUAGACAAUAAUAGCUACAGGAGAGGUCCAGACCGCCCUUCACUCUCGCUCUUGUCACAGAUAUUUAGUACAAGGUACUAGUCUCUUAGAUACAUGAGCGAUGUCCGUUCCAUUUAGACUUUGAGCAGUUUAUCGUUCACAACUGGGUUACUAUUUUUACUGUUUAUGAUCGUGCACAACUAGACCUAAAAAUGCGCGAGGGCAGCUAGAUGAUACAUGAUCAACCUCAAGUGAAAAACCAUCCCAUCGGCUUUCAUGUCCAACGACGAAGGCUGGGAGGUAGCAGUUGACGGCAAGGUUUUUUUCGCCUUCUCGCGUUUCGACCUCGACUCAACCGGCAGAAACGAGACCCACUGCGACGAAACUCUCACGGGUUGGUACCACGAUGCCAACGGUGGCAACUAUGGAUGCUACUUUGGACGGAAACAGAGCAGUCCUUCUCGGUCGUCAGUACCGGCUUCUACGCAACAGUUACGCUUGGAAACUAUUUUUCGGACUUCAAUGAUAUCCACGUUUUCACAACAUAUGAUACUGAAAAUUCAUCGUCUAACAUCAUUUGCCCCCGACCUGGACUUCAACAGCAGAGCCAAUGCUUGGGCAACCGCUCUUUCCUCCAGUUCCGAUGCACAUCAACAAGAAGACCCAAUCCUGUCUGCGGAGUUUCAUCGAGGUGUAGUCGAUCGACUUAACGAAGACCAUUCAGACUUAUGUGUAGGUUUUAGGUGUUCGUGUUGCCACUUGCUUUGACUCUCCCAAGAGGGAAGAGUAGCGCUUAAACGGGGUAAGCGAAAAAAAAAACCCUACCUCUAACAGGCGAUCGGGAGCAGUCGCCGUCUGAGUCUCGCAAUAUUGGGCUCGACGAUCUCUCCAACGUGUUUGGAGAGUAUAGUCAUGCCACAGGCUUUUUUCCUAGAGAAUCCAGUACUGGAGAUCAUGAGGAAGAUCAUAGUUCUGGCGCUGCGUUGCUGCAAGAAACCACUGAAGAGAGGGGAGCAUCUGCAAAGAUGACUUCUUCUAGUAGUACAUCUGGCAAAUCUUCAUCCAGCAAGAGACGCUGGAAAGCCAAGGUGUAUCAGAGCAUGGUAGGGAAGACGCGCGCCGAGUUGAACAGAUUGGCGGGUAUUAAGCGCCGCUUGCCACUAUCAGCUGCUCAUCGCAACCAGCAUCGGUUGAAUAUGACUGGUGAGACAAAAAUGUGAGUUGUGCUUAAUAUCGAGAUUACUGCUCUGAUUCAAGUACCUACUGAUCAGUUGUAGUUUGUUGACCUUAGAAAAGUGGAAGUUUUGUUUAUGAAGUUUUUCUAUUCCGCGAUGCUUUUGCUUUCAUACUCCGGUCACGAAGGGACCACCAGAGAAGCCACGCCUCGUCUUCGUUUCUCCAGACUUCCACAGCGGCUUCCAGAGUAGGAAAAACGAAGACGAAGGUCCAACUUCCGCGAAGCGUCGACUGGAGUGAACAAGGAGUCUUAGAUGAAGUAGUAAACCAAGGAGACUGCGGCUCCUGUUUUACCGUUGCGACAACGCGGAUGCUCAGUGCACGUAACCGCGUCAAGCACUCCGAUAACAGUUUGGAGCCGUUUUCGAUCUCUUUUUUACGGCUCAAGUAGAAGUAUCACUGUCAGACCACGUCUCUACGGUCACCAUGAACGGUGAUAACAGGGACAACCGCAUGCAUACGGUCGCGGUCUCGACUGUGACCAGUUGCAGACUUAUACCCUACGGUCGUCACGAAAGGCGAUAUCAGCGCAACAAACAUGACUCACGAUAAGCUUCUCAUUUUCUAACUUUUCCGCUGCACUGCAGUGAAUACAAUCAAGGCUGCAAUGGUGGUUACGCAUUCCUGCAGAGCAAAUGGUCAGAGGACGUGGGUCUCAUUCCAGCAAAAUGCUUUCCGUAUUAUGCAAGAUGGCUUAUACUCUAGUACAGUGAUUUUUACCUCUUCAAUGACACUCACGCUUAGGAACAAGUAUCACUGUACCUAAUGAAUCUGUAUCACGCGGCAUUGCUAAAGAAGUGCGAGUUGUUGGUAGAGAUAGUUUUCUUUUUCUAAGGAUCCAACGCUGGCGCCAGCUGCACUGACGAUAUUUCGUUGGAGUGCGUCAAAAGUGCGGGUCGGUCUUUCCGAGCUGUGAACCAUCGUUAUAUCGGAGGAUACUAUGGCGGCUCCGACGAACAGGAUAUCAUGGAAGAGCUUGCGCUAAACGGACCACUUGUCGUCUCUUUCGAGCCAAAGGAUGACUUCAUGUAACAAGCUACUAGUGCUUAUCUUGUUUGACAUCUCUGAACUGUUUGCAGGGCGAGAAACAUGGAGCGCGCGCGGGGGGGGGCGGCUGUUUAGACUGGUGUGGGCCAUCAGAGGGGGGGCUUCAGUGCUGAGCAAUGCCGCGAAGCUGUACGCUGGAGGCGUAGUGAGCCUCGGCGCGAGGGGAUACCCCCACCCCCUGCCUCCAUUAUGCUUACACCAGUCAUCCACUCCAACCAGAUCAUGAAUACUUAUCAUCCCAGGUACUACCAAAGUGGUGUAUACCAGUCGUCUAGCGAGCGCAUCCACCAGGAGUGGGAAAAAGUUGACCAUGCAGUUCUUUUGGUCUUAUGGAGAGAAAUUAAUAGAGCGAUGGGGCUCUUUUAUCAGCCUGUACGUAAGUAGUAUCAUGUCAUACGAGGUGGAUUUACUUACUUAGAACAAUAACAACUAGCCGAAAGUUUCACUUCUAUGAUCUUUCGUGUCGUUCUCAUGUCUCUAAGAUUCGGCUACGGUGAGGAUGAAGCUGGGCAGAAAUUCUGGAAAGUGCAAAACUCCUGGGGUGACGAGUGGGGAGAAAAGUUAAGGUUCGACCUCUUGAUUAAGUAAACUUUACUUGAAAUUUCACAUGUGCUACAACAACAACCACUCGAUCCUUCUUCCGUCGCACUUACUUACUUUUGAUUCGAUACUACGUACCAUUUGACUUUGACCAGAAAUACCUUCUACGUAAACUACAACGACCUACGAUCACUUUCACCACGCUAUGUCUCUAAGAAAAGGCUUCUUCCGUAUCUCACGUGCUUAGUUAUGUAAAAUUACAGCGUCGUCAACACUCUAACAGAAGGUUUCUUCCGUAUCUCGCGUGGCGACAACGAUUCCGGCAUUGAGAGCAUUUCCGUUGCCGCGGACAUCGAAGAAGUAGAUGGUAGUAUGGUGGAGUCGUUUUUAGAGAAGAGAAAGGAGAUAGUGUAGCUCUAGCUCUGAUCAUCAGAUAUAUUUAUAUUUCAAAAUGUUAUACAUAGAUGUUGGAGUUGGUGAUGGAGAUUGAUGUUGUUAUUUUCCACGACAAAGAUAGGGUACUGCACGAGGAUGUCGUGAAUUAAUAUUCGCACACUCUCAAGAACGUCAACAUGCACAGAAAAUAUUGACCUUCAUGAUCUUUUUUCCAUUAUGUUUUUUCCACAGUGCUAGCUCGGUCGUCAAAUUAAUCGAUUGAUUAUGAUUGCAUUCAGAGGACAUAUCCGCCUCUCGUUACCAAUCAACACGUGAGGAUCAUGAAACAUUCCAGAAUGAAUGCUCUCAAAAGAAGAAGCGACCUGAUCAU